UAUAUUUCGCUUUACACUUCGUCGAGGGUCACAGGACCUGCAAUCGUAUCAACUCUCACAUACAAGUAUUGUGCAAGCUCCCCGUGUCUCAAUUCACUCAGUCAAUACCGUCUGCAUACUUCAAGAAGAAGGCCAUCACCAAUUCAGACACUGAUAUCGAUUCCUCACACAACCGCAAAGAUGCUCCCACGGGUACAGCAUCUCCAGCGCCUCGAGCAACUCACCCUUUCCCGGACACACCAAACACUCUUUCAAACUCGACGAUAUGUGCACUCGCGGCGCAACCUCUCUCUACCGACGUCAUCACAUGUAGCUGGCUCUUCACAGGUUCUCUCCAACCAACCAUCCUCGCAAGAGUUAGCGAUUAAACCAGUCCUUUCCCGUCUACCUACCUCAACAGUGUUGCGAUCCUACCUCAUUACCGGCAUGUCCUCGUCGCCUGCCCUGCUAGGGCUUUGCUUCACCAUCCUUCGGCGGAUGCUCGAUUCCAAAUCAUACCUCAUGAGCAUUGAGCGUAAUCCCGUACUCUCGAAGCUGUUGAAGAGCACAUUUUACGCACAGUUCUGCGUAGGCGAGAAGCGGGAGGAGGUGGUACGCAACACAGACUUCGCGCGGACAGCGCUGGGGUAUCACGGCAUACUAUUCGAGUACGCGCUGGAAGUGUUGGGUGGAACGGUGCCAACAACAGAGGAGACGAAGCAGGAGAUCGAGACAUGGAGGAAGGGAAUGCUUCAGAGUGUGGACAUGGCAAAGGAGGGUGACUUUGUUGGACUGAAAUGGUCUGGCCUGGGUCGCCAUGCUCUCCACCUGCUUCAAACCCAACAAGACGCUACACCAGAGAUGUGGGAAGCUAUAAACGCUGCCUGCGACGCCGCCUCCGCAAAGGGUGUCUCCCUACUUCCCGGCGCCGAAGAAGAAGUCACAAACCUGGGUCUCGAGAAAUGGACGCUCGCACUACAGAAGAAAUACAACACCAACGGCCGCGCCACCCUCUACAUUACCUACCAAUGCUACCUGCGCCGCAUCUCUGAACGCAUCGCCCAGCACCUCGAAACCGCAUCGAAAUCCGGUUACACCGCAGGCGUGAAGCUAGUCCGGGGCGCAUACCUUACUUCAGAGCCCCACGAACUCACCUACGACAACAAAGAAGGCACAGACGCCAACUACGACGCCUGCGCCAACGCAGUCCUCACACAGCAAUGGACCGACAAAAUCGCUGCGCCCACUCCCAACACCCCCUUCCCAGCCGUAAACAUCGUCCUCGCAACCCACAACCUGCCUUCCAUCGAAGCCGCGAAAUCCAUCCGCGCAGCGCAACUCACAUCCGCCUCUUCAGAGUCACUGCCCCGCCUCACAUACGCUCAGCUCCAGGGCAUGGCAGACGAGAUCUCGCAGAGCUUGGUGCAGGACCCGAUGAUGAAGAAGGACAACCAGGCUAAGGUCGUCAAGUGUAUGACUUGGGGCACGACGACAGAGUGCCUGAAUUUCUUGCUCAGGCGCGCGAGCGAGAACAAGGAGGCUGCAGCCAGGACGGUGGAUACGAGGCGUGCUAUGGGCACCGAGCUUUGGAGGAGGUGCAAGGGUGUCUUUGGACUUGCUUGAAUUUUGGAAGGAAGGUGAAUGUUGGAUUUGUUUUUGAGCGAGCAUGCAUGCAUAUGGAGUUUGGAAUGGGUUAUGUAGUGUUUGGCGUUUGGGAUUGGGCCGGCGUUGAAGCAUAGGACAUGAGUGUCACGAAGAAGCGAUCGCAGGUUUAUCGCAAAUGAAUUGGAUGAAUGACGAUGAUCUCCAGCAACUACUU